AGAAUGUUGUCGAGGGCGGCCAUAUUUGUUGAUGGAUACCAAAGUAAUCUUUGCUUCUUAGGUGAAAAAAAUUAAUUUCGAAGUAGAAGCUGACAGGAUGCUGCAGUCAGUCCAUCUCGUUGGGGAGGAUGAAGAUGAUCUUUACAGUGGCUUUAAUGAGUACAAUCCAGCUUUUGACACCGAGGUGAGAUCAGACGUUCCCACGCAUAUGAUUUUUUGUGCACAUCGAUGAUCGAUUCAGCUGAAAACAACAUAUGCUUUAAAGCUUAUGUUGUUUUCAGCUUAUAUUAGGAAGAGCUUGAAUUUGAUCGAUUUUUCUUUUCCUGUCUUUAUAGAAUUAAAAUUAACGAGGGAAGUUUUUCCUACUGUAGAUUAGAUUUCAGUACUAAAAAAAAUUAAAGACUACAUGUAUGUACAUUUGUGAGGAAUGGCUUACUGACCCCUCAAUGAAGGUUCACCGUUUAAUGCAGGUUUAAAAAACCUACGAGUUAUUCAAGAAAAUAAAAGUAGUGAAAUAUCUAUCCCACAACAAAUUGACUUCAAAUUAAAGUGUCUACCUCUUCUUCUCUUCUUCUCAUGGUUCAUCUUGUCAUAUCGAUCGUUUAAUAGAGGUAAAGAGAAUUAAAAGUAACUUGUGAAAGGUUUGAACCCAGGAGUCAUUUCAAAAGUAGGUUGAGUUUGAAUGUCCGAGUGACUGUAGUCCUGAAUAGGACUGUUGUUAAGUUGACAGUGACUGACGUUUUGACAACCUGUGCGGUAGUCAUCUUCAGAGUCAAAGUGAGUUGUAUCACAUCAGUUGAUGGUAUUAUACUCUGGUUAUUGAUCUGAUUGGUCAAUUACGUUGCGUCGUUAUUGGUCGUCUGUCAGUUAAGCCAUGAUGUUAUUGGCUAUGAAGACUCACGGAGUAAUCAGUAAUUGGUGCGUUUCGAUCCGUCUAUUGUCACAGUUAAACAGUUGUCUGUUGUUAGUCAAAUUGCCAGUUCUCCAGUCAUUCUCUUGUAGUUAGUACUCUCGUAGGUAGUACUACGAGGCCACAAGCAUUUAAUAGUGUUGACUGCUAAAUACAGGUAACUUUUACAGUAAUUUUUGGAUAUGAUUUCAAGGACUUUGUAUAAAGUGUCUGCAUGAGUGACUACUAAGAGUGUAAAAGAGGGUGAUAGCUUCAUAGAGGUUUGCUUAUACAGGAUUCAUUGUACUACAAUGUUCAUACAUGUAAUUUAGACUCAAAUGGAAGAAUGUCACACCAUGUGACGGGAUAGUUUGGAACAAAGAACAUUUGUUUAGCAAACAUCUGUCAAAAUGAUAUAUUUUGUUGAUUAACUGCACAAUUGUAUCAGGGUUCUAUUGCUAUGACAGAGGUAAAAAAAAGAACAUGCUGGAGUCACUCUCAGUAUUUUUGUUCUGGUUAACAGGACUGUUAUUAACGCCGGGGGCUGGGAAUUGAAUUUCCCCUGCUUCUAUGAACAUGGACCCCGGCUUCUUUCAUUGGAAAACAGAAGAAAAAUAGAACCAAAAGAAAUCCGUAGCUGUUUGAUUCCCCACCUACUUGUUGUAUUUACCCAGCACCUUGAAAUCUUGGUGACAGCCCUGGGUUAAAAUUCCUGUUAGAAACUCUGAUUUUUACUUCCCUUACUCUUUGAACACAGUGAACAAUGUUAUAUUAUUCCCCCUCUCUUUUCAUUGAAAACUGUAAAAUUCAUUUUAUUAUUAAUCAAGUAAUUGCAACAUAUGUACAUGUUGAUAUGUACAUAUGUACAACAUAUGUACAUGUUGUUGAUGUAAAAUAUAAAAAAUAUAUAGCUGUGAUUAGAUUCUCAGAAGGUGAAAACUACUGUAUACCUUCAGUUGCAUAGUUACAUGUAAUGUUAGUGUUUAAUGGUUUCUAACUUGACAAAUUUUACUAAUUAAUUUCUUAGAACCUUGAGGAGGAUGAAGAAUUUCAACAAGCCCUAAAAACAAGUCAUGGGCAGAGACCUGGUGUGGUAGGUGUUACGGCUGAAAUAGAGUAAUUUUAAUUUUCAGUUUACAAAAACUCUGUUCCAGAAUAAUUUCAAUCAUACUGCAUUCUUUUUAAAUUUUUACACUUUUUGAGGGCUAUAAGUGUAACAAGUUGUAUGAAAUAACUCCAAAGAACAGUUCCUAUAGGAGCCUGAGAAAGCAAACUUCAAAAGCUUUAAAUUUCACAAAUAUUAAUGAAAUCUUAUGCAUGACGAUUUUACCUGUGUUUUCUCAAUUCCUGUGAAAUUUGAAAUUUAUUUUCUUAGGCUCCCGUAAGAACGUUUUUUUUGGAGUUGUUUCAUAAAACUUAUCUCAUUAUUUUAUAGCCCUUGAAAAGUGUAAAAAAGAAUGAAAUAUGGCUUAAAAUAUUCUGGUACAAGGUUUUUGUCCUGAAUGAAAAAUAGAAUUAAUCAAUUUCCUGAUGGAUUCCAACCUAAAAUUUUACUUGUACAUUUUAUAUCCAUUGUUUUAAAGUUAAACAUCUAAUACCUGUGAAAUAUUAAAAAAGUACAGGUACCUGUGUAACAAAUUCUAAAAUCUGAUUGACUACACCUGUACCUUUGUAUUAAUCAGUCCUAAUAAUAAUUUUACUUUUUAUUGGACAGUUUAUGUCCUAUAUAAUUAUGUUUUGUUACAUAGGUUUGUGUUCUUUUUUUCUUUUAUGUGGACAAUCAAUCUAGUUUAUGAAAACUUCAACUCUUUUAAGAACUUCAAGUUCCACUGAAUGGUUUUCAUUCUUGAUAAUGAUGUUUGAAUUAAUGAAACAUCAAAACGUUGAAUAACAUUCUUCAGUUUAAUUUUUCUUGAUAAAAAUUUGUUCAUAAUCCUGUUAUAAUGUUAAUGCAACGUCUCAACUGUUGCUGUGCUUCAUGUUUAUUACAGAAAACUGGGAUGAAGAUAACAACAUCAGCUGGGGUAUGUGUGUAUUUGAAUCCCCAAGAUAAACCUAAAACAGUCACACAUCACUUUGAUGUGUACAUGUACUUGUUUAAAGGGUUAAUAAGCAAGACAAAUUUACUUGUAAUGUCCUAUGACACCCCGAAGUUUGCUGUUCUAUUGUAAAGGCUUCCAAUAUCCAAGGCUAUCAGUGAGAGCUAGGGGCCAGGAAUUUUGCUAAUGGCUACAUGUAUAAGAAAGUGUGAUUCCUGUCGAAUUUUUUAUUUUUCUCCAUUACUUCAAAAAUCAGUUGGCCAGACCUGAUUGGUGUUAUUGGUAACAAUUAAUUAUUUUUUUCAUCUUCUUGUUUAGCGUGGCAAAGUACCAGGAUCUUCAAUGGGUCGACCUACUACUGGGAUUGCGGUAAGAAAUUGAUUUUUUUUGUUAUUUUACCAGUAUAUAUACACUGUAAUACUGUUUUGUGACCUGGUAUACAGAUCGAAUUAUUCUAAAGCCAUUCCAAUAAUAUUAUUUUAUGCACACCUGCAAAAUGCUUCUUCAUUAUUAUGGUUGUUCAGUCUACUUUAUGCUAAAUGCCACAGCGUUCUUGUUGUUGUUAGGAUACAGGAACAGCUCGCCCUAUGACAGCAAUUCGUGGAGUUGGUUAUGCAUCAUCAGAAAGUAAGGAAUUCAUUACUUUAUGAUUUACAGUUAUAAUAGAAGUAUAAUUUUUGUUAACCAAUGUUAAAGUUAAAGCAAUAUUUUACCUUGUUUGUUGUUGCUGGAACUAAAACAGACCUAAUAUUUCUUCCAUACACAUGAGUUUUCAACACUAUUAUUAGUUGAAAAUCUUAAUACACAAAUCACUUAACAUUUACAUUAUUGUACUUUGUUUGCCAUCCCUCAGUGGAAGAAAACAUAUUUGUGCUGUGGUAGCUUGUACACUGUAAAAUAGAUUCAGAGAUAGUAUUUACUCACUCAGACUGAGUAAAUCCUUACCAGCUGUUGUUUUGCUUUGCUAGUUCCUACAGGUGUACAACCCCAGGCAAAAUAGUUGGAGCACUUAGUCCAUUUCCCCCUCCUCCCUCUUCACAAAGUUGAAAAUUAUUGAAGCUUUCCCAAACUGCGCUUUUUAACAACACUUCACAGCGGCAAGGGGACUGUUAUACUGUGCAUGCCCCCAAAUUGGAAGUGCUCUUAGUUUUUUUGACCGGGAUUGUAGGUAAUGUGUAACAUUCAGACAGACUAAUUUUGAUAUAUUAAAAUUCAGCGUGAUAGUGAGUCUUAGAGGACAAACAAAGAAAAUAUUGAAAGUGGCCUAUUUGUUUAUUCUUCUAUUACCCUACAGUUUGUUCUAAAAGGUUGGCACAUUCUUCAGAAGAGAUAAAAAAAACUCUUUCAUUCAUAAAGAUUAUAAAAUUUGGUUGUGUUUAUCUGUUUACAUGUACAUGAUGCACUUGAGUCUAAGCAUUGUUAUUGCUAUAAUUUCUAUGCAUUUUAACAGGAAAUACAAUGACUGGAAGUGGUCAGUUUGAUCCCUUUAAUCAGGCACGUCUACCUGCCCCACCUCUUGAAGGAAAGGGUGAAGAAAGGUAAAACUCAUCAUGUCCUCAGAGUGAAAGAAUGAUGAUGUAAAUAUUGUUUUUUCAAAGUAAUAACCCUUUUAGUUCCCAAUCCCUUAGUUUCCUAUGAUUCCUAUUCUUUUUUUCCUGUAUCCUAGUUUAUGCUGUCAGUAGUUUAUUUUGUAAAAUCGCAGUGUCUUUCCUCUAUGUUAUGUCAACUGUAUUGAGCAACCUUAAACUAAUACAGGGGGAGCCUGGACCCGGUAUAAGUCCCAGGCUUCUAAUUCAGGUUUCCUUGUCACCAUCUUUUUCUAGUAUAUUUUUUCGGAGUUUAAUUAACCUGUAAUGUAACAAAAACAAUUAAAUCAAUCAAAUGAAAAAGUUAGAACUCCAGCAAUCAUCUCUAAAGACAUAUACUAGUACAUUAUACAACUUAUUUUUAAGAGAAAUACCGAUACCAAGACUCAGCAUCCAAACAGUGUUUGAUUGUUUUUGAUCAUUCCUAUAGACAUUUCAGUGUUCUCUGAGUUCUUCCCAAGUCAGAGAGGACUUGUAAAAAUAGUUGAAAAUAUUGGUCUUUUUCAACAGUUACUAUCAUUUCAAAAGUGAAUCUUUUUUUUUUCACAUUUAAAAGAUACAAAGAUAACAGAAUAAGAUCAUAGCCGGGUGUAAGGUGGAAUUUAGAAUUAAUUAGGCCUUUAAAAAAAUGAAGAGUACCGUAAAUGAUCAAUUUAUUAAGCGCAGCUACUCGAAUAAGCGCUGCUCUCCAAUAAGCACCACACUUUUACCGAAAAUAAUUUAAUAAGUGCCCUCUCAAAUAAAUGCUGCGGACCUUGAUAUAAAGAGAUAUCAAAACCACGUGGCUUGAGAAAUAAGACCUUGACCAAUUCAUGAGUUCUAAAGUUUUAUUGUAGGGAAACUCCUGAAAUCGGGUUCAUAAUUAUAACAAUUGGAGGUGUACAUAUUUCAUAUUAAAUUGUGCAUACCUACAAUGGAGGACAAAAAUCCUUGGAACGGUUAAUUGAAAACCUUCCUUUCACACCCGUAACUUAUCAAAUACUCAGAUGUAGCAUAGCAUGCACUUCUCUAACAGCUUGGAUACUGCAAACUGCCCUCCCCUCCCACUCCAAACAACGUCUGGAUGAACAAACACUUUUAGGACAGGGUAAAGUGUACAGGGGUGCGCAAACUAAAACAUUGCUUGUGGGUGAGGUAGAAAGGGGGAAAAAUUAUUGCAGAUUGUGUUAAUUGUUCUAAGAAUUUUGGCCUCCAUUGUAGUACUCACCUCACUUAAUACUCUCUAUAUUCCCCUCAGUGUUGCACCCAUAGUUGAAAUAAGCACUGCUCUUGUAUAAGCCCUGCACCUAUAACAGGGAAAAUUGAUCAUUUACUGUAAACUGCUUCUAAGCUUCAUAUCUAUGGUCAGUAAAUAGAAGUUAUUACACCUAGCUUCACUUUUUUUCUUUUUGUCUUACUUACAGUCCAGAAGAGAAAGUCAAACAAAUGGAAAAGAAAGUUAAUGAACUAAUAGAGGAAAGCUGUUUUGCUAAUGAUAGAGGAGAAUUCCCAUUGGUAAGCAAUAGUGUACUUCUCUACAACAAACCAGACUGUAUCAAAGGAUACUUGGUAUAAUCAGUUUUAUUUUCUUUCCUGAGAUGUUCUCAGACAGCCCUUAAUUUUUAUGGUUUUAGUGAGAAUUAUUACCAGUUGUUCAACAUACAUGUGUCAGUAAUCAGUUUUCCAUCCUUAUUUUAGUAUUUUUUUUAAAAUAUCUUCAAAUGCCCAGGGCUAGUAUUUCCAUCCUUUUGACUUUUAUUUUAAUUUUUUUUUUGUUUUAUCUUUAAAGGCACUUGAAAAAGCCAAAGAGGCGGGUAGGAAAGAACGUGCUCUGUGUCGACAGCGGGAGCAGACAUCGCUUGGUGAUCAGAUCAACCUUGACUUAACGUACUCUGUAAGUAGACUGUAUGUAGUACCAUGUUUCCACUUUUUCGUUAAAUGAUGCUUUUUUGAGCAUUCUUGGCAUAAAUAAAUUUCUUUUCCUUUACUUUUGGAAAUGUUUUCAAGGGAGGUUUGCGGAAUACCAGUUGAAGAGGUGGGAGAAAUAUGGCCCUGAGUUAGUGCGUAUGUACGUGUGGUAUCAAAUUCUCCCUAAAAUGUUUCUUGAUUAUACAUGUACAAGGAAAAUUGCAAUGAGAAUCAAGCAGUUUAUAAAAAGUCACUUGGAGCUUAAAUUCAGACACCUCGCCUUUAAUAAGAACUUGUCCAUGGGUGGAUUUAGGCGUAGUCCAAGGAGAACGCACUCCCCACCUUCCCUUCUGUGAAAUUAUGUAAGAUUUGAAAAAAAUUCUUUUCAAAAAUAAAUAAAUGCAGUGUCUGUAUAGCUGGCAAGGGUUCUGCACCCCUAUUUCUGAAUUUUCUGAAUCUGCCCCUGUUUUCAUUGUGUGACUGAGACAAGCUAAUUCAAUGACAUUUUUUGUCUUUUCACAUUUGUGAGAUGCAGUUGGAAAUUCAAUGCUGCUCAAAUACAUGUGUGACAGUUUACUUAUCAAGUAAUAAUUCACGUUCUACAUAGAGAACAGAUGGAUGAUGCACAGUACAUUAUUUUGCUUACCUCUGUUAUUUAAACAUGGUAUCUCUCCUGCCUUAUGUACUAGGUGUUAUUCAACCUGGCCAAUCAAUACCAUGCUAAUAAAAUGUAUGCCGAGGCACUGAACACUUACCAGGUCAUUGUCAAAAAUAAGAUGUUUAGCAAUGCAGGUAAGUCUAAUUUUCUAAUAUUUUAUAGCAGAGUGUUGCAGUAUGCGUUGCCUACUUUGUGAUGUUUGGGUUAAAGUGAAACAUUGUAGUUUAUUAUAGGUUUGAGUCCAUGAGCGGGCAAGAUGUAGUUAUUCCUGUGUUCUGCUUGACUACCUGUGUAUGAACAGGCAAGAUAGACCUUUCUUGCCUGCUCAGGAUUUCCCAUGUUGAUCUUGCAAGUUCUCCUUUUGGCCUUAUAAUUUAUGUAUAAUAAAUCCUUUAUUGACCUAAUAAGCUUGUUUGGUCAAGAUGGUUGGAUACAUUUUGGCUUUGUUAUUUUUUUGUGUUUUCAUCAACAUUGACUUCAUUUUGGUCCUUAAACAAGCAAACAGAAGUUGGCCAAUAUCCAGUGAUCUUGACUAGCUCACAUUUUUUCAAUAAUGCAUAUGAACAAUGUCAAAUUAUUCUCAGUCUGCUCAGUACAUUGUCAAUCAAUAUGUUUGAUAAACCCUGAUGUCCUUCCUUUCAGGUCGGCUGCGAGUUAAUAUGGGAAAUAUUUAUUAUGAGCAAAAGAAAUACCCCCAAGCUGUAAAGCAGUAUAGAAUGGCCUUGGAUCAAGUGCCAAACACCCACAAGGAUAUGAGGUAUAAACCUGUGCUUUAAUUGCAUACUGGCCUUUUGAUGCGGGAACUUUUAUUUAGCUUAGUUUACAAACAAGGACAAUCACUAUUAUUAUGGUACAGAAGAAUCUUAACUUCGUAAGCCCUCGGUUUUUUGAAAUUCCUGAUAAUUUGAACAAAACCUAACUUCCCUUCACCACUCAAACACUGUAAUUUUAUCCCUGAUUUUUCAAAUCUCCCAGUCAUUUGAACCAAUAUGCUUUUCCCACGGUUAAGGCUUUUUUGAGGUUUAAGGUUUAAGGCUUGUUUAUAGUGGAAAGGGCACUUAGCUUAUCCAGCUAGUUUACAGGCACUCCACUCAAAUACUUAGAAACAAGUAAUUCAAAUACAACAUAGUAGGAUUAAAAACCCCAACUGGCAGGAGGUAACUAGUUGGCUAUCCACAAGCGUGGCCAAGGAUUUGAACUCGGGAUGACCAAGAACAAAUCCAGCAAGUAGCUAGCCAGAGCGGGACUCGAACUAGGGACCACCAGAUUGUGAGUCUGAUGCGUAGACCACUCGGCCACGCCACCUCCUAUUUAAAGCAAAGUAGUUCAAGGUGGUUCAAAAAAUGAAGAUUCAGCUGUAUACAAAAGGUAUAUUGAUGGUUGAUGAUUCCAGAAUUAUUUUGGGUAGCUAAUGAAUGUGGUGAAUUUUUCUUUGCCUUGAAGUCUGAUUUAACAAACUCUUUUUUCUAUUGCCAGGAUAAAGAUCAUGCAAAAUAUUGGUGUGUCAUUUGUCAAGAUGGGACAGUUCAGUGACGCUGUCACCUCAUUUGAACACAUAAUGGCUGAGAAGGCGAGCUUUCAGACAGGAUUCAACCUACUUUUGUGCUACUAUGCUCUGGGAGACAAAGAGAAAAUGAAAAAGACAUUUCAAAAGCUGUUAACUGUUAGUCUUGGCUUUGAUGAUGACGACAAGUACACUUUGACAGGGGUAAGGAUACGAUUUAUUUUUAUAUCAACUGGUGUGGUUUAUUUAUAAAUCAAUAAAAUUAAUUUUAUUAUCUGAUUCUGAAUACUGCUAGAUUAAUUCUUACAUAAUGUGAACAGAAAGGUUAAAAGUAACUCCAAGGCAGCAAGAAGCUCACAUUUGAGACUCAUCUUGCUCAGAAACGUUUCUUUGAUUUUGAUAUUGCUUCAAAUCUUUCUGAAAGCCACAGUUUUCUCCCAUCACAUUGUGCCAACAACGAAAAAUGUAAUUUGUCUUAUAUUUGUCUUAUUAUAUAAGCAUGUGACACAUAAAAUUCAUUUUAUGUCUUAUUUUAUACUUUGGUUUCCCAUGACUCACUGGUCACAGCCUCUAUCAUUAUUAAUAAAUUACUUGUCCAAACACUUUCUCCAAACAAUAGGCUGUUUUUUUUUUCCAAAACGAUGACAUUAAGUGGACAUCCUUAAGAAGCAGAAAAAGUGUAUGUACCUGGCAUGGAGCUGUGGUUGCUUCUAGGAAUGAUCCUCCCAGGCGGCCUGCAUUAUUUAUGCAAGGUACCGUUUGGUAAAUAAUAAAUUAUUGUUUUUUUCCAUGUUUUAAACAGGAUGACCCCCAACAGGCAUUGAUUCUAGAAGUAAUCAGGAAUGACAAAUUACGGCAAAUAGAAAGGCAAAAGUAAGUUUUGUUUGUGUUGAAAAAUACUCUUAAUUUCCAAAUGGUAGUUUACUUUUAUUCUUAUGUGUACAUGACUGGCCAUUAAUUUUGAUUAUACAUGCACGAUAGCCAUGUAAUACCUUUUUGUACAGGACUCUAUCUAUUUAACUAAUUCAACAUUUUUCACUGUAUUUGAAGGAAAUCCCAAGCUGACAGGUGCAUAAUGAGUGCUGCUAAGCUCAUAUCCCCAGCCAUUGAGAGCAGUUUUGCAGCAGGGUUUGAUUGGUAAGUCACAGUUAGCACAUCAAUUUGGUCAUUUUUGACAUUGCGAGUAAUCAGCUUUCAAUAUAAAUUAUUUAUGAAUUAUUAAUGAUUGCAUUAACUAGUAAAUAGCCAAAGACUAGGAAGUGCAGGCAAGAUAGAUCACUUUGCUUUGUGUCUAUAGUUCCAAGUGAUAGAAGGUCCAAACGCACAUGAUCAGACUGCAUUCUCUGCAUUCCAUGCAUUAUUGGUGGAAGUCCAAAUGAAUGCUUGCUCCAUACAAGCCGUUCAUGCAUAACAGCAACUUGGAAGUUAGGAUUGUGCAGGCUCCUCUAACUGCCCACAAUAAGGUUUCCUGCAGAUAGAUACAUAUAUAGCACAAGUAUAGCAGGAUGCCUAAUAAACAAAUAAUUAACAAGCAUAACUACUUUACUGACUGGAGGUCUCUUCAUUCCAGGUGUAUUGAGUGUGUUAAGGCAUCACCUUACUUGGAGCUAGCAAAUGAACUUGAGAUAACGAAGGCUAUUACAUAUUUGAAAGAGAAGGAUCUUGCUAAGGUAUGUAAAAGUAAUUUCAAGAAAAGCCUUGCAACUUCCUUACAUAGCGUACUACCUGCAAGGGUCUUUGAAAACCCAGGUGACUGCCAAAAAUCUUUGUCUGCAAUGUAGUUGUAAGAGAAACGCCAUGCAUGCACCAGCACCUCUUUCCAGUAAGAAACCACUGGAUACAUGAAUAAAAUUAAAAAGUUAAUAUAAUUAUUGGCAAGUAGAGAUGCCAUGCUCAUGCUUAAAGUAAUAUUAGUUCUUUUCCUUUUCACUCCAAAUCCACUGAAAAGGAAAUGCCUUUUUCAGGGCCCUUAUAAUUUUUCAUCAGGGGGGGAAGGGUUCCAGACUCCCCCUGUGGAGGGGAAGUGAUUCCCCCCCCCCAUACAGUGUACCUAUCCCAUAUGCAGCUGCACUUGCAUCAUGUGAAAGUUGCUCUUUUUUUGCCACCUACUUAGUUAUUUCCUCCUUCACAGAUUUUGUUUUAUUAUUUUUUAGAGCGAAUGCCCUGUUAGUGCAUAAACGUUAGCAGCUUUUUUAGAAUUUUAAAACAUUUUGAGAGCAUUUUUUGUACCCACCGAACUACAGAAUAUGUAUAUAUAUUUGCACAUGAAUGGACACACUGUUUGUGUCAUUAUGUGCAUGAAUAAAAUAUUGAUAUCAUUAAUUAAAUCCAGGUCUGCUUAUUCUUUCCAGGCAAUUGAAACCCUUAAAGGUUUUGAGAAGAAAGACUCCAAAGUCCAGUCGACUGCGGCAACUAAUUUGUCAUUUCUGUACUUUUUGGUAAGUCUCUUGGAAGCCACUAAGCUUACGCAAUACUGUUAUUGCCAUUGUGUAAGUGUAUCUAAAACUAUAACUAAUAAUUACCAAAGGCUAGGGAGUGCAGGUGAGAUUGAUACAAACGCUCUUGUUCCAAUGCUGUGCUUUGGGUUAGUUUCAAUAAAUAAAAAAGUCAAAAUGUGCAUGAUCAGAUUAUGAGUGAAAGAAGGUCCAAUUGUUGUGAUCAGAUUGCACUGUAUGCAUUCCAUUCAUUCUUAGAGGAAGUCUAAAUGAAUGCUGGUCACAUUUGUGCCACAAAUGUAUAUUGUAACUACAACCAGGAAAUUAGGACUACUGGCUCAUCUGGUCACCAGGAAUUACAUUGGGAUACAAACUGUAAGUUGUUGUUAAUAGUGUAACUUUUUGUAUAUUUUGUUUAGGAAAAUGAGGUGUCUCAAGCUGACAAGUAUGCAGAACUCGCAAUAACAGCUGAUCGCUAUAACCCUGCUGGUAUGUGAUAAAGAGGUUGCAGUGGUAAUUGUAUUGGUUCAUUUAAGACAAGGAAGUGAAUCUUUGGUCACAUUAGUAUUCCCUUCUUUCUAUUUGGCCUCUUUGAUAAUCAAAAUGCCCUUCACUUGGAAACCAGCCUACAGAGGAUAAUCCAAAAAAUCAUCUCUAAGUUUUAAGAGAACAUGUCACGAUCUCAGAUCGCCAUCUAGAAUUUAACAAGAUUAUGUGAAAUUGCCACAGGUAAAAGAAUCAGACAUAAGGGCUUUUUUCAUUUUGACCUUAUUUAAUCAUUAAAAGUGUUAAGUGUUUUCUUUGUUAAAAAAAAAGGGUUAACCCUAAAAAUGUUUAUUAGGUUUGACGAGUUAAGUUAAUUUUAUUAACAUACUUUCUAAAAAAAAAAAGGUCAAUGGAAAUUUGGUGAAGGGGAGUGGGAAUGGUUCCUAAAUCCACUUUUUUAAAAGAGAAGUUACACUUUAGAUCAGCGCUUACUGGAAUUUUAGAAGGAUGGGUGGGGUCAUCAAAAAGAUGGCCUUGUGCAAGAGUCGAAUGGACAUUUAAACAACAGUAGUUAUAAGUAACGUAACUACAUCUCACUCAGGUUCUCAAUUUCUUUUCAGCAUUGGUUAACAAAGGCAACUGUUUGUUUGCUAGUGGUGAUUAUGAGAAAGCAAGAGAGUAUUAUCAGGAGGCCUACAAUGUUGAAGCAUCUUGCACUGAAGCAUUAUUUAAUUUAGGUAUGGCAGAAAAAGAUGACUUUACAGGGGUAACACAAUUAAUUGUUCUUUAAAAUAGGCCCCGGUUGUUCAAACUUUGAAUAGUGCUAUCACCGGAUAAAUCAUUAUCCAGCUGAUAAGUAUUAGGAAAACUAACUGCACUAUGCAGCGGAUUGGACAUUAUCCAGUGGAUAAUGUUAUCCAGCUUUGGAACAACUGGGGCCAGUAGUUUUCAUUAUGACCCAUAACCUUAAGAGUACCAACUGGAGGGAGUCAGACCAGUUGGCUGUUUACGAGCAAGGCCGAGCAGUUGAACUCGCCGCUGCCCUAACCACUAAAGGGAUUUGUUCUCAGUAGGGAUUGAAAGCAUGACCUCAUUACAAUGCCAUGCUCUAACAAUGCAUUCGGCCAUUCUGUCUCCAUGUGGUCUCUCCAUUAGUCUUGCAACUCUUCAGAACCUCUAAUGUAAUUGGACCCCUAUGGGUCACAGCCCUUUUGUUUUUGGGGUCGGUUCCAUUGUUAACUUUGCACGUUUAUUGCUUUCCCAACAAAUCCCGUGAUGUCUUCCGAGAGCUGCAAGAUCGCUCGAUGUCUUUGAGGGGGUUAAAAAUUAGUUCAUGUUGUGAGGGUGGUCAGUUGAAGACAAUGUUCCUGUCCUAAUCGUUUGACUGUUUUUAUAUCCUUUUAGGUUAGUUUCAAACCUUUUAUGAUAAUUUGAUAUAUAAUAAAAAUGCACUUUUGAAUCCGAUUUGGACUAUGACUAAGUGUUUACUUGAUGGGACGUGUUUGCCCAUUCUUUCGAAUGGGGGAGAAAUCUUUCAGGUAGUCAAGAACAGUCCUGUUUUGUACAAAACGAUGCCAUUUAGCUCUGUUUCUUCCUCCUUUUCUCUCUCAUAUUAAUAGGUCUUGUGCAUAAGAAGAUGAACCGGCUGGAAGAUGCUCUUGAUUGUUUUCACAAGCUUCAAGCGAUCCUCCGAAAUCACCCUCAAGUUCUUUAUCAGAUUGCAAAUUUGUAUCCUCUUUUUCUGUGACCCAUUUGGAUUUAGUUUAUUAAAUGCAAUCACAGAGACACCCUAUUAAAAAACAAACCUGCUCAGUGCCUAGAAAUCUGGUUCUGUUAACAAGGGUUUCAGAUAAGAAGAUUGCUAAAUCACUGAGCAGUCGUUGUUAGGUUAAAGGUGAAAAAUAUAAGAUAAUUAUGCUCAGUGUGCGCGACGCUCUAAUGAUAUAACCUCUUUGCUUGGCGCUUUAAGGUAUUUAUUUUCUGUUAAUCAGUUUACAUGUAUUGGUAUGUAUUUGCUUUAACUCACGUUCUUGUAUGUCUUUUCUUUGACUUGGAACCAAAGAUAUGAAUUGUUAGAAGAUAAAAAUCAAGCUAUAGAAUGGUAAGUUGUAGAACUAGAAACAAUAGAUACAUUGUAACGCUCAGUUUUGCUGUUUCUCAAGUUUCUUUGCCCCAUUGUGCAACAUUCAUGAUAUCUCAAAUCGACAUCAUGUAUGACAGUGAUGUCGACCCUAGUUUUAGAAAUGAUAUUUAUUGUCCUGAAUGAGUUCCAUUGAUUUCUACAAUCGUGUUCUCAUUUCACUUUGUGUAAGUACUGGUGAACAAAUCUCACUUAUAGAUUACAAAUAGCCCUUCAUACUGGCGGAAGAAGAAAAAUACCCUCGUGAGUGUGAAUUAUUCGCCACUCCUGAGUAAAAGAGACCUUUAAAUUCUAAGACAAGGACGAAUACGAAAACGAUAUUUUCUUAAUUCCAACAUAGUUUAUAGUAGAGAGCUGAUUCCAAGUAGUGCGCGCUCUUAAUCGUUUUGCCCUUUGGAGAAGACUUAAACUUCUUCAACAAGAUAACCGUUUUAACUGUUCUAACUGUUCUGGUGAAAAAAAAAAAUACAAUUAACCUUUCCGGAGUGUCGUACUAAACUGAUAGUACAACAACAAAACAAAAAUGAAACCUUUAUUUAAACACGAUGACGUUCAAAGCUUGGUAGCUUGAGGGGUCUUGAAAGUAGCAUGUGAAAGUACUGCUGAAUAGGUUUCAUUUGAAUGGUCACAUCGUAGGAUUUCGUCCACAGACUCAAAAGCUAGAACCGCAUUACAAGAGUCCAGCCUUUAUUUUGAGACACUAUAUGAUGUCCAACUGAUGAUGUGAUUGUUUUGUUGGUGUGUUUCUCCAAGGUACAUGCAGCUUGUGUCAGUUGUACCUACAGAUCCUUCAGUGCUAUCCAAGCUCGGUGAACUUUAUGACAGUGAACAGGACAAGUCACAGGCAUUCCAGUAUCACUUUGAGGUAACAUCUUGAUUGGAAAUCAUCAUUCAUGAAUAUCUCUAAGGGCAAGACUUUGUACUAUUUUAUUCGUGCAAAACAGGCCAUAGAAAAGAGGAACCAUUUUUCAUUGUGCAAUCAUAAAAGAAUUAUGUGUGCUAACUGUUAUUUGCUUUGUUUAGUCCUACAGAUAUUUUCCAUCUAAUAUUGACAUCAUCUCUUGGCUUGGGGCUUACUAUAUUGACUCACAGUUCUGUGAAAAAGCAAUUCAUUACUUUGAGAAAGCUGCUGUAAUACAGUAAGUUAUCUUUAUACUGGCCUGAAAUUUUCUCUUUUUAAGCCAAACGGUCCCCAAGGGUAUUUACCGCAAAUGUUAAUAGUCUUUUAAAUAACUUUGUGCGGCCGAUGGUCCUAAAUUAGGGGCUGUUUGCAUGGAGGGAGGAAGAUCCUGGUACCAGGAAGAUCCUAGAAGGUGGAAUAACUUUACGCUGGGUUUACAUGCAGAAAUUUCGGCCAGUGAGUUGUCCAAGUAGAGAAGGUUAGAGAAGGAAUUAAACUGAUGGCGGACGACAAAAUAAAAAAAUGCAAUUUGGGUCCUUCCGCUCUCUUUACUGGCGUAAAUCACAACCUUUCAGCUGAAUUAACACAAUAAUCUGCUCGUGGAUUGCUCCAAACGAAAUGGUCGGCCUUUAUUGCCGUAAUUAGCCACUGAAGGACCCGCCGACAUUUUUGUCGCGUUUGUCCCUAGUACUAGUAUCUUCCGAGCGAAAGCAGUUCACAUGGUGCUAGGAUCUUUCUAGCGCCAGCAUCUUCCUACCUCUCAGCUAGGAAGAUCCUACUACUAGGAAGAUCCUAGGGCUAGGGAUAAGUACAACCCUUUGCAUGUAAACUGAGUACAGAAAACAUAUGGCGUUAGGAUGAUCCGCCCUCUAGGAUCUUCCUCCCUAAAUGUAAAAAGCCCCUUAGUCUUCUGAAGACUACCAUAUUUUGAAGAUUACCAGCCGCUCUUCUUGAAAAUGCGCUCGCACUCAUCCCCCGACUACCCCGAGCCUUUUCACGUGACGUCACAUCCGCCAUGAUGGUGUCCCAAAACAAUAAAAUGGCGCCCUUUGUUCAGACGUCAUUUCGCAGGAAAACCAGCGUCGCGAAAUGUCGUCAGGCUACAUAAACUCCAGUUGCAAUCUGUUUCAUCGUCUUUAAAUUUGUCCAUCUGUACUGUUUUCCAUCAAAGUUUUAAGCGGUGAUUAUUUUUGUGCGUCAGUGUGGCUCAAUUUGGUGGCCAGUUCACAAAUUUGGUCAAGUUUUGAGUCACAGGUCCUUUAAAUUCCACAUUUGACGUAGAUACGGCGAGAAAAAUAGCAACGUUCAUAACGUUCUUUUAAACUAACAUCUUUUUUACAAAUGCUCCAGUACAACAACAGACUAAUGACAUUUCUUUUCAGACCGAAUGAAGUCAAAUGGCAGCUCAUGAUAGCAAGUUGUUACAGAAGAAGCGGUUAGUGGUUUUGCGCGUACUUCAUAAAAACUUUUUUAAAAACAUUGUGAAAUGUCCCUCAGCAUAAGUGCAUCAGUACAUACAGUGUUAUAUACAGCUGUACAAUGUGGUCUGUAAUUUAGACAAAACAGUAAUUCUGUGUAGUUGGUCAGUAUUUUUAACCAGAAUAUCAUUUGUUGAUCUGUUGAAUUAUUCUUCAUUCUUAGGUAAUUAUCAGCAAGCUCUGGAAACGUACAAGACAAUACACAAAAGGUUUCCAGACAAUGUGGAAUGUAAGUGCUAUUACUGGAAGAGUGAAGAAAAAGCUUUGCUGCCUAGUGGAUUCUAAUUAAUGUAUUGAUCGUUAAUAAUGUGUUAAUCUUUAAGGCCUUAAAUUCUUGGUGAGAAUUUGUUCAGAUCUUGGAUUAAAAGACGCUCAAGAUUAUGCUCAGAAAUUAAAGAAAGCAGAAAAAGCGAGGGAGUUGAAACAACAGGUAUCUUGUAAAUAUUUAUGUAUUUGUUUUUUUCUUUUCUUCGCUCGACUAGCGUGCCUUUUGGAUACUGAAAAGGUAGAUAGCUAGCUGGCAAAUACAGCCAACUUAUGUGUGUAAAUAGCCAAUCAAGGUAUACGCUUUUGCAGUUUCCGUACGUGAAAAACAGCAGCGAGAAAGUUAUUUUUUGUGUUCCCUUUUGCUGUAGACCGAACAGCACUAACCAUGGAAGGUGAAACUUCAUUAGUAAAGCGUUGGCCUGCAGAGUGCAAUUUCGCUAGUUCCAUUCUCGGGGCUAGCUUGUCCCCAAUUAGUACUUUCGUGCUAAAGACGUCGACAUUCAAAUAAAGUGCAUGUGCAUUUUUUUUUUUUCUCUGCGAGCCUAUGUUUCUUUAUGGCAUGGCUUUUAGAAGUCUUUUGUGUUGCUUGUCAGUCGCGUAGUUCGUUUAACUUGAAAAUACGUGUAGCGCAAAACCUCGUGAGGUUCAGGUAAAGUGCUUAUGAUUAAUUAUUCGAAUUUGUCUUUUAUUAGCGUGCAAGCAGUGGAUCACGAAAAGGAAGUGGAAGAGCCGGAAGUGCCACUAUGCCCGGGUCUACUAACUCACGAAAUAGCAGCGCGGGAAGUGGUGAGCGAAAAAUACCUUUGAAAUGCACUCAUAAGUCAAACAGUUUAAAUUCCUACUUUUACAUGGCCAGGAAUUACAGGAGGGGCUUAAAGGGGCUGUGUCACGGCAGUCCAGUUCAUUUUGUUUAAUUUUGCCAGUUACUCGCCCUCAAUCGCUAUGGAACUUAAAGUAAGCAACGAAAUUACUUGUAAGUGACACGAGCAGACAUUCGAGACAAACAAAUAUGUCUCCUGAGCAUUAUUUUUGAAGUUGCAAACAGCAGAGAUCAACUUUGAAAAACUGUUAGGCUGAACAGUUUUCAAAAACCCUAAUUCCAAUCCGUUUCAGUCUUCUUCAGUUUUGCCCAUCCGUGGCAUCUGUUGUAUCUUUUGUGUUAUUUAACCUUUCUUUAAUGUUUUAAGCGGUUAUUUUUACGUUUCUCUUAAUUUAACGGGCAUUUUGUAAUUACCUACUUUGGCUGAAUUUCGUGACACAGCUCCUUUAAAUAUGAACGCAAACGCAAACGCCGCUGUCUACCUGCACUGUCUGCCCGAUUCUUCCUAAGUUCAAUCGCGUCACACCAGUCUUUUGUGAUCAACAUUGUUUACAAGUGCCUAACCGGAUUCGGUAUAAAAUACGUCUUUUAGUCCACCGACCUCUCUUUGGUGUGGCCCCUGUAUACCUGAAUAAGAUUCUAAGUUGGAAUUUUCUUUGGUUUUUACGAUAGAAAACAGUUAAAAAAUUAACUCGCAGAUGCGACAGCUAUGCUGCAAGUGAAACCACCCAAAUUUGUAAACAGAAAUUGACACCUUCUUUUAUCACUUUUGUUGACUGUUUCAGAGUCAGGGCGCGUGGAUAGUGGAGGUGGGGGAAGAAGAAGUGCCAACCGCUCUGCUGGGCGAGCAAGACCUAUUAUCCCUGAUAACGAUGACUCAUAUAGUUUUGGUGGAUCAAAGGAAGUUGGUGAGUUUAAGUAUAUACUGUUUCUGUGUUGUAUUUUUUCCAUAAAUUAUGAAUCCAUAAACCAAAAACCAAAAACCAAAAACCUAGCUUCCUGCACAAAUAUGUUUACCUUUUUAUUUACCAGGCCCCGAUUGUUCAAACGUUGGAUAGCGCUAUCCACCGGAUAAAUCACUAUCCAGCGGAGAAGUAUUACGGAAAUCAAUUACGCUAUCCGCUGGCUAGUGAUUUAUCUUGUGGAUAGCGCUAUCCAACGUUUGAACAACCAGGGCCAGAAGUACAAUAUUUUAUCAACUGAUCAUGAAGAUUCGACUAGGCAUUUUAGUACUAUAUAACUUCGUACUACACGAUGGUGUAGCACUCUUCAGAUAAAAUAGCCUAAUGGUAGAUUACAACAGUACGCUGAUUAUAACUGAAAUUUGAAAUGCGGUUACUUUACGUAUUUACGAGACUUUUGCUAACCAAACUGUUGAGAGCUACUGCUGUUAAAACAUAUUCCGCUCUCAACGCUGGUGGUGACUUGUGCUUUAUACCUUUAAGCCCUAAGAGUGAUCAGCAUGAAAUUUCUCCUUGUAAUAUCAAUGCUUUGUAAAACAGAGUGGUCAUGAGAAUUACAGACAUGAUCACACAAGAUAAAUUUGCGUGAUAUUUUAUCAAAUUCUCCCCACUAGUUCUGUAGGAAAUGAAAAGGGGCAACAAAUGCGAAUUCAAAUUCUGAUCUUAGGGUUUAAAGAGUAAGACAUGCAAGUGCUAAGAGGUAGUGCUGUACAUCGUCACCAAAAAUGUGUACGCGUUGCUACUCACUACAUGCAGUCGAACCUUCAUGUGCGACCACCUCUCGUAAGCGAUCAGCUAUCAAGAACACCAGAAUUUCCCCAGUCAAAGCCUUGUAGUUGAACCUCUCGUAAACAAGCACCUCUGGUAAGCGACCGCGACCGCGUUUUGGAGGUGACGGUUUUAUAAUAGGGAGCUUAAGCAGCAACGUUUUUGAGCGACGCACGUCAACCGGAAGUGGCCUUUUUUCAAAUUUUGACGGUGGUUUCGCGCAAAUUUUCAGUCAAAUCGCCUCUAUAACAGUAAAGAAGCUAAGGAAUACAAAUUUUAUAUCAUCAAGGCAUGUUAAGAGGGAAAAUACCUCACUUCCGGUUGACGUGCGUCGCUCAAAAACGUCGCUGCUUAAGCUCCCUAACGAGCCAUCGUCCUUUACUCGUAUGGGCGACCACUUGACCCAUGGCCUGAUCUCUUUUUUCACCGCAUGUACAACGCAACUAAGAGUGUGUGAAAAGCUUUUAGUGGCGACGUGGAACUACACAUACCGUAUCUUAGAGAUUCCAUGUAAAAUAUUUUUUACCAAAUAGUAGAAGUCUUAGGAACUUCCUCUCCAAAGACGCUCCUGUUGUACGAUUCUUGCAAGCGACCAACUCUCGUAGCUAAGCAUUAAAUCUUCCCUUUGGGUGGUUUCUUACGGUGGGCAUUAAUAAUUCUGUAAAAAUUUUACUGCUGAUUCUUAUUCCAUGUAUGAUAGAUGCUACAUACGCAGACCCCUUGGGAGAGGCUCCUGCAAGACCCAAGACUGCUGGCAGGCAACGACAACAGCAAGUUGAGGACGAAUUUGCAGAUGAAGAAAUUGGAGAUGAUCUACUCCCAGAAUGAUGAAGAACAUCAAAAGACUUUUAAAACCAGAAAAAGUCGUUAAUGAACCUCAUCUCAAACUAUUCAAAUACCGCAAAUAAACAGCCAUUGUUAUUGCAAACCAGAUUUUAAUGUACAAACCUUCGUAGUCACUGGUGAUGCUCAACUUCGUAUGGAGGAGUGAAAGCUAGAAAGUUACUUAUCUUAACUUUUUGUAAAAUUUCACUGUAUAAAAAGUGUUCUUUGUUUCCUUUCCUAACUUGAUAAUUUAUUAUUUAUUGGUAAAAAGUGAUUGUCCAAAUUGAUGUAAAAGUAAUGAAUAUAUCAUUGUGCCCGAUUUAGACUGGCAUUACGUGCUGAUUGUCUUGCCCCGAGAAACAUUAAAUUAUAGCGGCAAAUCGUAUAGGAAAACCGAAGGACUCCCCGAAAACAUACUUAGGAUAGCCGUUGAACAAUCUGGUUGCUUUAUUAUGUUCUGUGUACGAAGAUAGCACCAUAUCUUUUUAAUCACAGCUUUUUUAGUAACUUUCCUACCACAACUACUCAAGCAGGAGUUGACAACUGUUAGUUCAUAUUGUAGCUGUAACUACGUACCUAAUCUGUUUAAGUAUUUGUUGUAAAAUUUUGUUGCUGUAAAUUGCAAUUAAAACUUACGAGACAAGUGUA